AUCGGCUUUGCCCGAAAUGUGAUUGAAGCAUGGACGGAAGCAUUUUUAUAUGUAUGAGGAUAGAUAAAUAGACACCCAAGUGCUCUUCUCCCAGUAAACAAAUACAUCUUAUAAUCUCUGCCGUCCCCAGAAACGCCCAUCGCACCACUACAUGUUCCAAAUCGAGUGGAAGUCAUCUCACUAUCACUCAGAUGGGCGCAAGCGAAGUAGGCCAAAAGCAUCAACAGUACACGGCUGGCUAGUAAAGUGGCGGGCUACGUUCAGCGGAAACGAGAGCCUCAGAAAGAAAGGCAUAGCCGAAAUGCGAGAGGCCAAAGCUGUCCGAGAACGGAAAAAAGAACGCAAGGCAGCUCGUCGAUCCAAGAAAGGGGCCAAGUCUCCCUUGGGCCUCUCUUUCUUUUUCUUUGGAAAGGAGAAAAAAAGGUCUCAUAGAUCCGACACCCGCCACCGCAGCUCCAAACACGCUACACGGAGCGCAGUUUCUCGGCGUGUAGCGUCGCCCACACAAUCUCCUAGGCCGAGUCGACAUCAUCAUUAUCGACCAAGUGGUAGCCGACACUCCAGUAGGGGUUAUUCGAGGAGAUCCUCUUCCCGACAGACGUCCUAUAACAGUGGGAAGUCGUUAGUUCGGACCGGAAGCCUGAUGAGGACAAAGUAAGAUAACGAUACACUGUACAGACCUAACUUAUUCCAUCUUAUGUACUUUGGAUUUCGGCGGAUUGUGUCAUACCAUUAGCCUUGUAACAAGUACCUCGCUCUCCUCGUCGAGUGAACGGACCAUAUCCAGUAUCGCUGCUGAGGAAAGACCAUGGACUCGGAACCCUGUUGGUGGUUUUUCGGAGGAGCCACUUUCGAAAUGAAUUGGAUCUCACGCAUGUAGGUCACAUUACCAACGGCCGAACGACGCAUUUGGAAAUCAUGUUCUAUGAAAACUAGGUAAACCUCGAAACG